AUGAAGAGGAAACAGAAGAGAUUUCUGCAAAUGACGCUGCUCUUCACCGCGGCGCUGAUUUUCCUGCCCGACAUCGGCCUCUGGUCUCUCUAUAGAGAGAAACACCUGGUGAAGCCGGCCGAGCCCGCCGAGCCUCAGACAGUUCCACUGGGGCUGGGAGAUGGGCAGUUGUUCACCUGGACUGAUGGGCUGAAAAGGAAGGAUUGGCACGAUUAUGAAAGUAUUCAAAAAGAUGCUAUGCGUUCAGGGAAAGGUGAACACGGAAAGCCGUACCCUCUGACAGAGGAAGACCAUGAUGAUUCAGCUUAUAGAGAAAAUGGCUUCAACAUAUUUGUUAGCAACAAUAUAGCACUGGAGCGAUCUCUGCCAGACAUCCGACAUCCUAACUGUAAGCACAAGGUGUACUUGGAAAAGCUACCAAAUACCAGCAUAAUUAUCCCAUUUCAUAAUGAAGGCUGGACUUCCCUCUUGCGAACAAUACACAGUAUUAUCAACCGCACUCCAGACAGCCUGAUUGCAGAAAUCAUUCUUGUGGACGACUUCAGUGACAGAGAACAUUUAAAAGAGAAGCUGGAGGAAUACAUGGUCCGUUUUGCCAAAGUGAGGAUUGUACGUACCAAGAAACGAGAAGGGCUCAUUCGGACCAGACUGUUAGGAGCCUCGCUGGCUAGAGGAGAAGUCUUGACAUUUCUGGAUUCCCAUUGCGAAGUCAACGUGAAUUGGCUGCCUCCCCUGCUUAACCAGAUUGCACUAAACCACAAAACCAUCGUGUGUCCUAUGAUCGAUGUCAUUGACCACAAUCAUUUUGGCUACGAGGCACAGGCAGGGGAUGCCAUGCGAGGAGCUUUUGACUGGGAAAUGUACUACAAAAGAAUCCCGAUUCCUCCUGAGCUCCAGAGAGCUGAUCCCAGCGACCCCUUUGAGUCUCCUGUGAUGGCUGGAGGUCUGUUUGCCGUUAACCGGAAGUGGUUUUGGGAGCUGGGAGGCUACGAUCCAGGAUUAGAAAUAUGGGGAGGAGAGCAGUAUGAAAUCUCCUUUAAGGUGUGGAUGUGUGGAGGUGGCAUGUUCGAUGUUCCAUGCUCUAGAGUUGGGCAUAUCUACAGGAAGUAUGUCCCUUAUAAAGUUCCUUCUGGCACCAGCCUAGCACGUAACCUGAAGCGUGUGGCAGAGACAUGGAUGGAUGAGUUUGCAGAGUACAUCUACCAGCGACGGCCCGAGUACAGACACCUCUCAACUGGUGACAUCUCUGCCCAGAAGGAACUUCGCAAGCACCUGAAAUGUAAAGAUUUCAAGUGGUUCAUGGCUGCAGUGGCUUGGGAUGUCCCCAAAUAUUACCCACCUGUGGAGCCUCCACCUGCUGCCUGGGGGGAGAUUCGAAAUGUGGCAGCCAAUCUCUGUGUGGACAGCAAACAUGGAGCCACAGGGACUGAACUGAGGCUAGACAUUUGUGUGAAGGAUGGCUCAGAACGGACGUGGUCACAUGAACAGCUGUUCACCUUCGGAUGGAGAGAAGACAUCCGUCCUGGGGAGCCACUUCACACCAGGAAGUUCUGCUUCGAUGCCAUCUCACACAGUAGCCCUGUCACACUGUAUGACUGUCAUGGGAUGAAGGGGAACCAGCACUGGAGCUAUAGGAAGGACAAAACUUUGUUCCAUCCGGUAAGCAGCAGCUGCAUAGAUUGCAACCCAUCUGAAAAGAAGAUUUUCAUGAACAGAUGUGAUCCUUUAUCUGAAACUCAACAGUGGGUUUUUGAACAUAUUAAUAUGACUGUUUUAGAAAAAUUUAACAGCAAGGCCAGUUCCUAG